UGAACUCCAAUUAAGUUUACUCCAUUCAAACAGCUGAAGAAGUUUUUUUGGUCAUGAUAUUUUUUCUAAAUUUUAAAUGGCUCUCCUGUAAACUUAUAAAAAUGACGCUUAAACCAAACAGCCUUUACCCUUCAAUAUGAUAAAAAAUAUACUAAAUAAAUAAAAACACUAACAUGCUAACGCUAUCUUAUAAAGCAGUGACAUUAAUAUAUAAAAAUAAUAAUAAUAACUUAAUAGAAAUUAAAAACAAAAUUUACAAACUUUCUAUUGCGAUCGGUAUUAGAGACAAAUAUGUAUAUAUGUAUAGGUAUAUCUAGACUCCAAAUACGAGACAUAUAAACAUUGUACUUCUUGACUUGUACAUCUGGUCACAUACACCUGGUAAAUUGUGUUAUUUAAACAAUAAUAGUUUAAACAAUAAUAAUAAGAAUCAACUGUUUGUGAUUGUGCUUUUGGUGUAUCAUAUCUGAUAGUCCUUGCAAUUGCGUAAUAUGUAUAUCUACACUUCAAUUUCGCGAGGUCUUCGCAAUAUGUCUUAUUCUUCUAUUAAUUUCUAUUUUCUGUGUCUUUUUGGCCAUGCUUUCAUUGCGAUUAUAUUCAUACCGUUAUAGUUACAUACAAUUAUUCCAUUUUAUAUUUGGUCUUCCCCUCGCCUUAUUUCCAUCCACAUGUAAAUUAAUCACUCUUAAAACAACUGCAUUUUCUUCAUGUGCUAAAUUCAUUCCACACCUAAUCCAUUCGUCAAUAGCGUAUGUAGCAUAAACCAAUAGAGAUAAAAAUCUUCACGCGAGGAAAAUAUCAAACACUACUGCAAAAAAAAUAUCCUGACAUUUGAAGCUAGUCUUGGAAUAUGAACAAACGAUUAUAAUCCAUAAGCAAAAAAUACGACAUUCAGACGAAAGCAAGAACCUUGGUAUUCGUAUGACAUUUGAAAAGUUCAAAGUUUAAAAAAAAAUUCAUUUCAUUUCGAAGUCAUUGUGUAUACUUGUCAACGUGCUUAAUCAAAAGUCGUAAAAACUAGCGGAGCUAUGACCGCGUAUUUGUAUGUCAAAAUCGUAAGAUAAGCGAAAACUCUGGCUAAGAUAAUCGGACCAUUUAUGCGGGGAGGGACGAAUUUGCGUCUAUAAUUCAGUAUUGAUUGCAUGAGCGGUGCGAGGGAGAGAGGUUCACGCAACCUUGGAACCCCCGGCCGUCAACGAAGCUCCUGAGCGUCGACCUUGACUCUGUGUGUGCGGGUUGUGCCUCCCGUCCGAACAAAAACACUUCGUCGCCCUCUCCGGCGAGCGCGUUCUCGCACCCAUGCGUUAGUACAAAUCGGGACAUUAUCCGAAUCACAUCGUUUUCACUACAAAAUACUUUUUUGUGCGUAGGGCGAAAUUUUAUCCUGGUGUGCUGAUCCAUUGCCUGCGUUGCGAAUGUAUUCAGCUAAUUUGAGAACAUGGCUAACAAUGAACUAAACGCCAUUUCAACUGGUCGUUAGUAGUAUUGGUGAUGCCAGCGAAGAUGAUGAAUGCUAGAGGCGGUGCAAACGGGGCGGGUGAGGUGAGUGUGGCCGACAGUCCCCUGGCCACCUUUGAGUCACUCACGCAGGCUGCCGUUAUAGCAGUGAUGGGAGUUGCCAUUGUUGUGUCCAAUCUGCUAAUAAUCGCUGCAUUCUUGAACUUCAAAGGUCUCUCAAACGAAGUGAUAAACUACUAUCUACUAUCAUUGGCUGUUGCGGAUUUACUAUGCGGCUUGCUUGUGGUACCACUAUCAGUAUACCCUGCGAUAACAGGCCGCUGGAUGUUCGGGGAUCUCAUGUGUAGACUUGCCGGCUACGUAGAAGUCACCUUGUGGUCCGUCUCAGUCUAUACUUUCAUGUGGAUCUCCGUCGAUAGAUAUCUUGCCGUCAGAAAACCUCUCCGAUAUGAGACGGUUAGUGCAACGGUGCAAACACGUACUCGCAGUCAAUGCUGGAUGGUAUUCACUUGGAUCUCGGCAGCCAUGCUGUGUUGUCCGCCUUUACUUGGCUAUAAAAAAGAUGCAAACUUCGACAAGGAAACUUUCAUAUGCAUGCUUGAUUGGGGCACUACAUACGCCUACACUGCCACUCUAGGUAUCCUUGUGCUGGGACCUAGCGUUAUUUCAAUUGUUUACAACUACUUUUACAUUUUUUCGAUGAAACGGAAACUGCAUAGCGGAGUGCCUAUUCAUGAUAAGGAAUACGCGACUGCUUUGGCUGAGAACCUCGCUAACCCUAGCCACUGGAUGAGUUUCGUUUUGGUGUCCGUGUUCUGGUUGAGUUGGGCUCCGUAUGCCGGUGUGAGAAUGUACGAAUACGUCACCAAUCAAGAAAUCAAAAUUCCAAUGUUACAUUUCGGCAUGGUUUGGCUUGGUAUUAUGAAUUCGUUUUGGAAAAUUAUCAUUUUGAUUUCACUCAGCCCCCAGUUCCGGCUUGCGCUUCGAAUUUUGUGUUUGACUGCAUGCUGCCGCACCAAAGGACGCCUGCAAGCCGAACUCAUCGGUAUGGAUAAUGAUGACUGAAACGAAGUUGCCAUUCGUGCCCGACAGACCUACCUACAGACUCGUAUACAGUACGAGCAAAUGAAAGGGACUGUCAUAUAGCACAAGCUGAGUGGAUGUAAUGCAUCCACUACUGUCUAAUGCUGCGAACGAAUAUCCGUGGCUUGUUCAUCACAUUUCUCUCAGUGUAGACUUGAUUUUACUAAAACAUCAUUUUUAUUAUUAGACAUCAUUCUAAAUUAUUUUUAGGUAAAGCUUCAAGUUGUGAUAUUUUUUCUCGUAGUUGGAACUAUGUUUGUAAUGUGACAUUGCAAGAUGAAAUGGAAAGCAUUUUGGAGAAUCAGACGAAUUUACUGACUUUUAAUGUGAACUUUUAGUAUGUUGUCGAUAUGAAUCAAAAAAGGACCCGACUAGAAGAAAGUGAUUGGUUAUGUUUUUCUGACAAUAAUGUGCCUAAGUUCCAAUUUAAACAUUAUUUCCUGCAAUAAUACGUUCAUAUCAUUUUUAGCUAAUCAAUAGUGUGAUUUAUUAAGUAGUUUAUUAUAUUUAUUUUGUGAAUAGUUAUUAUAUAUAGAUGUGCACUAUGAAUGCAAUGUUAAAUAUUAUCAUUGCUGUAUAGAGUGAACUAGAAGAAAUAGUGUUUCAAAGUUGUUUUGUGUGGUUAAAAGGACAAAAUUAGUGGAGAAAAAAUACAGUCUGCGUCGAGAUGGACAAUUUAAUUUGAAUAAUGUGCAGUGUGAACCGGCUUAGCUAUGGCCUUUUAUUCAGGCGAAACAUUCAAACACAUUUUGUUAAAAGUGACUAGUGUUCGUUAUAUUUGCUGACCGUCCCGAGAACUAAUUGCGAUACAACGAAACGAUCGACGCUCAAUGAAUUGAACAGUUUUUUUGUUGGUCUCGUGGGAGUUUACAUAUGCAAACGUACGGAAAUAAAUAAGAAAUGUCGGAAAAUGUAAUCGAAUAAAUAGUGUUCUCGUUCAUUGUUAGAGUAUAACAUAGUAUAAUAUAAUGCACUUCAUAAUUAACAAAUUAAUAUCAUUGCAUUUUAUAUCUUAGAAGACAGUAAAAUACUUUGUUCUCACUAAUAAAAAUUAAAUGAGUGUUGUACAAUGUUUUAAUUGCAUUCUGUUGGAAUUUUGUAGUUUAUUAACGCACAUGUUUAUUGUAGUAACACAACGUAAUCAUACAGGUAUUUUAUUGUUUAAGUAGUGCAUUUAUUCACAAAUACAGAUGGCUGUGCUUAGACAUUAUCUCAUGUAACAGAUUUUAUUAGUGUUUAGAUUUGAAUGUUUCCGAUAGUUUUAUUGUUCGGCGAAUGCUAUUGUAGUUAGUUGUAUAUUAUAUAAACUAGCAAAAUUACAUAUAAAAAUAACUGUUUUUCUCAUAAUUGUGGUUAUCGAUACAAUUUUGUAUUUCAUAUAACAAAUAAAUAUUUCCGCAAGAUUAAUAAUGAAAUAGCGUGUAGAAAAUAUGUUUUGUAGCUGAACUGGACAUGAAUAUUAUAACUAUGUAUAUCAAAUAGACAAACAUGUCCAUCGAUGUAACUGUAGGUAAGUUUUAUGGUAGUAAAAAAAACGAUAAAGCAAUUGUAAUGUGUUUUGGGUUGAAUUUUGGCAAUAUACGAUGAGAGGUUGCUGGAGAAAUUUUAGAUAAUGAUGCGGUAUUUUUUAGUUUUCAAUAAAUUUCCAAUUCGUUUAUAUAUACCAGAACCAAAAGACACUAGGCACUAACUAAAGUAGGCCAUGUUUUGCUUCAUCGGGUCAUUGCUAAUCUGAUUAAGCAAUUGAAAAGGAAAUUCAAUAGGGUCCAGUGGCCAUCAUGUCAAUAUGAAACGAAAUAUUUAGUUCAAAUACGGAAAUAAUACAUAAAUAUGUUAUAUGGAAUUUGUGAUGCGUUUUGUAACUUAAAAUUGGCAAUUGGUUUUAAAUUCGAACAGCAUUUUUAAUUUUGAAUUGAAUUAUUUCAAUACUAUUUCAAAAUAGUAUGAUUUACGUUUUGCAUAAACGUUAAGAUUUUCGACUAUGUAUUGAAUAUGAGAACUAUUUGUCAUUUCUGGUGUUCAUUUUAUUUAUUGUAGUGUAGAAGAAUAUUCUUAGAUUUUCUAGAAAAAAAUCUUCUAAAAAAAAAAAAAUUAGAACGCUUUUGCGUAUUACUGUUGGAAAACAUUACAUUACAGAUUAAACGAAGGUUGAGCUAUCUUUUUUCAUUAAAACCGAAACAGUAUUUGGACUAGCCUACAAAAACUAUUCAGAAUAUGCGUUCCGUUGUAUUUAAAAUUGUUAAAAGUACAAAAUGGUUGUGGUCUUAUUAAUAAAAUAUCUCUUGUAGUUUAUAGUACGGCGAUUGCUGAUAUUUCUAUAUAAACUUGAUUAUGAAACUUUAUUUCUUAAAAACCACAACCUAAAAUAUUAAUAAACCCGUCGUUCAGGCAUUGUUUACCGGUCGUAGGGGUCAAUCUGGAAGUCGUAACCGCUACAAAGUGCUAAUGCUUGCAUGUUAUUGUGGUACACACACCAUAAUUACUGCAAAACGUUAAACUUUAAUCAGAUAUGGAAUUAAUAAUGAAAUAAUAGCUUAUUUGACUCUUGUGAUGAACUGAUUACAAAUUAACUUUGGUUGGAAAAAUAAGUCUCGAUGUUAAAUUUAUUGUACAAUAUUUAAACCUACAUAUUAUUAACAAUAAAUAUUAUAUUAGUGUUGUUCAAUCGUAGAGAAUCGAUGUUAUAUACAUAAAAUAUAUAUAGAUUUAUAAUAGACUAGUAGAGUUAAUGUUAAAAGCAAGCUGGGGUAUUAUUUUGUAAAAUUGACUAUUUUGACUGUAAAAAAUCUGUUAGAGUAAAAUAUUCAUUUAUUAUUUUAUUGCUCAGAUUACAUGUUUUUGGAUUGAGUUCUUUUUAAUACUCAACAAAACAAGUUGAUAUAUAUACAUAUCUAUGUUAACGAAGUUACAUGUCAGUGACUGGUAAAUGAAAAUAUUAUAAUAAUUUUAUAUUCGAUGGCUUCUAAUUAUUAGUAGUUUUACAACAAACAAAAUAUAUAUAUAUCUAUAUUUUAAGCUCAAUUAUGAAAUCUUUGUAAUGCCUGAGUGUAGUAUUUAAUGAGAUUAUAUAUUUGUUUAGCAAUAAUAACUUGUUUUAUGGAUAUCGUUUCUGUGUAUUAAGCGUUUAUGUUACAGUUACCAUCCCAAAAUGGUUGUGACUUUAAUAAGGUAAUAUGUAUAUCUAUCGAAUGCUACUAUCUGCCAUUGAUUAUUAGUACGUACUUCUUAAAAACUAUAAUAUAAUAUUAAUUGCUUCUAAUUUAUGGACAGUCAAUUUCGUAAUAGUAUCACGUUGGGGCUUGUUGCAGUGAAGUAAUGAAUUAACUUAUGUAUGUGCAUUUAAUUACUUGCUCAAUGGAAUGAAAUGAAAACAAUAAAAUAAGAUAAACGUUGUUAUUUCUGUUUUCGCUUUAUAAAUUAGGAGCAUAAUAUUUUUUUUUAUAAUAUAAUUUACCUACCCCAGUGAAUGCAUAGUCAAUUUCGCUCGCUAGCCUUUAAUAUCAAAAUAAUUCUAAAAAAGUUCUUCUUCGUACGAAAGUUUAAUGAAUAUAAAGGUUUAAUUUGUGAUUUUAAGUGAUUUCUUAGAGAAUUUAAAUAUUGUUAGAAAAUUUAGAAGAUUUAGAAUUUAUUAGGAUGUUAUCGCGUAUAUUAUAAUACAAAAUGCGUUGAAAGCUGAAUGAAAAGGGUAUGUUUGAAUUUGGGAAAUAAACCCUAAAUUCUUAAGCCAGGUUUUCUUACAAACAUAUUUGUCUAUUAGGGGUAUGGGAUUAGAAUCAAAUAUUUUGAAUGUUUGCUAGAAUCGAAAAUGCCCAUUAUCAAAGAAUUUGCAGCGAUUAAUAAUAAUGUUAUAACACAAAAAAAAAUCAACUGGUUAUUAUAUAAAUUCAUGAACAAAACACAGAUUUAAACUUUUAUAAAUAUUUAAAAUCUCAAAACAUUCCUUAUGAUCGAAGCCUAAAAUGCGUUCGAUUCAAGUAUUGGUUUUAUUUUAAUGUGACUCUUUAUAUACUUGAGGGACUUAUCUCCUCAAGUUUUAAGUACUAAAACGAACCUGUAAAAUCCUCGGGAUAUCAAAAUAACUCAACUUCGUCGUUCUAUCUAAGUAAUAAGAAAUAAUAACCUAAAGGGGAAUGCCCACUCUCCAUAGUGUGCUGGGCCAAAGAUGGACAUCAAAAUUAAAUAUUACUAUAAAAAUGGACUGUUUCAAAUUCUUAAAUGUAUUAGAUAUCUAAAAAAUAUAUUGAAAUUGACGCCACUAUUAUAAAAAUAAAACAUUUGAAGUAUUCUCAAAUACUGAAAUGUUUUAUUUAUAUACUUAAAAUGUUUACUUAAUACGUAAAAAGUUUUGAUGCUGGCAAUAUUUUUCCCGCAAAAAUCAAAAACCUUGUUUUUUCAAUAGUUACUUUUUUAAACUACUUAUUGUAAACUGUAGUGGCGCUUAUUUGGAAGAAAGUAAAUGCAUAUUUAUUUAUGACAAAAUUAAUGCACUAAGUGUUUUUUCUCUAAUCUAUUGUCCGCUUUGGGCCUGAAAUAGGCAUUCCCCUUUGAAGUUCCGGUAAUCAAUCAUUCUAUUUCCUUACGUUCAAUAGUUAUUUGUAUUGAGCGAUAUAAUAAUUUAAAAUCAUACCUAAAUACUCAUAUUUAUCAAUAUACUGCUAUUUGGUGUUUUUAUCUAAUAAAUAUUUAGCUCCUA